AUGAAUGAGAUUUGUGGGAAUGCGGAAAGGCUCCCAGUUGCAGUGCACAUACCUGACAAGGCUAAUGUGAGGAAGGUGACAUUGUGCAAGACGAAGGAUAAGGGGGACAUACUGACCAAGAAGAGUGGUCCUGAUGAAACUGAGCCAGUUGCUGAACCUCAAAUCAAUCAAGGUCCGGAAGAGAGUUCAAGGGAAACCACUAAAGAACCUGAUGAAGAGGAUAUUGAAGAGACUAUUUAUCAGAAGUCAAGAUUCACUAGAGCCACUGGGGCUCACCAACUGGCCGAGAAGAAGGCAGAGAGAAAACAAGGGCCGAAGCGCGCAUCGAGGCGAAUCAUCGGGCGUAGGAUUGAGAAAAAGAAGGGGCCCAACAAGGUUCCUGAUCUUGUAGAGAUCUCAAGCGAGGAUGACAAGACUCCUUGCAACAAAAAGAAGAGCAAGGACACUGAUACUGGCCAAGAAGAUAGUGGACCUCCUACAAAACCUGGGGAGGAUCCAAAACAUGCUACAACCAAGUCAGAGAUCCUUGUUGUUGCUGGAUAUCCGUCAUCGACCCUUACUAUCCAGGAAGGGGGUUCUCCUACAAAACCUGGGGAGAACCCGACUGCAACUUUCGCCCAGCCAGUACAGGAGGCUAACAUCGACAAUCCACUUGUCAUCCCUGCUGCCCUGAAAGAGACACCAGUACCAGAAACCGACUUACAGAAAAAUCAAGACAAAGAAGGAAAAUGCAACCAAGAAAGAAAGAGGAAAGGCAAUGGGGCAGCAAAGCAAAAGAAGGAGACCAAGAAGCCCAGGGUGGUCCUAUCGGACAUUAUCAUCAAGAAGCUGGGACAAGUGCCCAAACUGAUCGGGAGCAAGGUCCACAGCAACAAUCAAACGGAGACGGAGUCGGAGGAGAUUGACUCGCCGGAGGUGGAGCGGCUGAGGGAGGAUCUGUUGGAUGGAAUCGACGAGGAUUCCGAUCUCUGCACUUCCAUCCACGACCUCGACUCGUUCAUGAAGAGUUUCGAGGAGGAAAUCACUACAUCUCCCACUUCCAGUCACGGAUCCGGAGCGGCUGAGGAAAGAAUCGUCGAAUCGGCGUCGGAUUGCGGCGAAUCCGGAGAGGUUGAGGAAGGAAUCGUCGAAUUGGUGUCGGAUUCCGGCGAAUCGCGGCCGGAUCUAGGCUAUCUGCUCGAGGCGUCGGACGACGAGCUAGGGAUUCCACCUCCGGCGGCGUCUCCGGCGAGGAAGGAGCUGGUGACGGGGUGA